GCCGCCUCCGCCGCCGCCGCCGCCUGAGGAGAGCGGGGAGAGGAAGAAAGGCGGAGCGGACAGCCGGGUCGGAGAGAGGGAAGAACGAAGGGCGGGCGGACGGAGGGAAGAGAAGGCCGGCGAGGGAGCGAGCAGGACCAGCGAGGGGGGAUCGGCGGCGGCGGCGGGUCCCGGAUGGGGGCGAUCGUGGCCGGCGGCUGAGCCCACCUUUCCGCCCGCCCUCCACCCCCCGCUGCGACCCGGUCCUCCUUCCCACCUGGUCCGUCGGCCGGUCGGGGUCUCUGGAGGGAGCGAUGUCGAACGCAGGCACCCGGCGGGCCGGCUCGAGUAUCAAGAUCCGCCUCACAGACACACAUGGAAGUAUCUCCUGCCUUUGUUUCCAUUGGGCUGAAAUGCUAUACAUCUUUACCUUGCUUUGUGCCAAGAAUCUUGCAAAAAAAGAUUUCUUCAGGCUUCCCGACCCAUUUGCAAAAGUCGUGGUGGAUGGAUCUGGUCAGUGCCACUCAACUGACACUGUGAAAAACACAUUAGAUCCCAAGUGGAACCAACACUAUGACUUAUACGUUGGGAAGUCAGAUUCUAUCACCAUCAGUGUCUGGAACCAUAAGAAAAUACACAAGAAACAGGGAGCUGGCUUCCUGGGGUGCGUCCGACUCCUUUCCAAUGCCAUCAGCAGGCUAAAAGAUACCGGCUACCAGCGUUUGGAUCUAUGCAAACUAAACCCCACAGAUACCGAUGCAGUACGAGGCCAGAUAGUGGUCAGCUUACAGACACGGGACAGGAUAGGCACAGGAGGGUCAGUUGUAGACUGCAGGGGGCUGUUGGAGAAUGAAGGAACGGUUUACGCGGACUCGGGACCGGGAAGGCCACUGAGCUGUUACAUGGAGGAGCCGGCCCCAUACACGGACAGCACUGGUGCCGCGGGCGGAGGGAACUGUCGUUCUGUGGAAUCCCCUGGCCAGGACCAGACAUUGCAGGUGCAGCGAUUGCGAACGCCUGACGUGAGAGGCCACGGACAGACCCCCCAAAACAGGCCGCAUGGGCACCAGUCGCCAUCGCCUGAUCUGCCUGAAGGCUAUGAACAAAGGACAACAGUACAGGGGCAAGUUUACUUUUUACAUACACAAACGGGUGUUAGCACGUGGCAUGACCCCAGGAUACCAAGAGACCUUAACAGUGUGAAUUGUGAUGAACUUGGACCUCUGCCACCAGGCUGGGAAGUUAGAAGUACAGUGUCAGGAAGAAUAUAUUUUGUUGAUCAUAACAACAGAACCACGCAGUUCACAGACCCAAGACUCCAUCACAUCAUGAAUCACCAAUGCCAACUAAAAGAACCCAACCAGCCUUUGCCAGUGCCCAAUGAGGGGUCUUUAGAAGACAGCGAGGAGUUACCUGCCCAGAGAUACGAACGAGACCUGGUUCAGAAGCUGAAGAUACUCAGGCACGAACUCUCUCUCCAGCAACCCCAAGCUGGCCACUGCCGCAUUGAAGUAUCCAGAGAAGAAAUAUUUGAGGAAUCCUACCGUCAGAUAAUGAAGAUGAGGCCAAAAGAUUUGAAGAAGAGGCUGAUGGUGAAGUUUCGAGGAGAAGAAGGCCUGGAUUAUGGUGGAGUGGCCAGGGAGUGGUUGUACCUACUGUGUCAUGAAAUGUUGAACCCUUAUUAUGGACUCUUCCAGUACUCCACAGAUAACAUUUACAUGCUGCAAAUCAAUCCAGACUCAUCUAUCAACCCUGAUCAUCUGUCUUACUUCCACUUUGUUGGUCGGAUCAUGGGUCUGGCUGUGUUCCAUGGACACUACAUCAAUGGGGGUUUCACUGUUCCUUUCUACAAACAGCUGCUGGGCAAACCCAUCCAGUUGUCUGAUCUGGAAUCCGUUGACCCAGAGUUGCACAAGAGUUUAGUCUGGAUUUUAGAAAAUGACAUCACUCCAGUUCUGGACCACACUUUCUGUGUGGAGCACAACGCGUUCGGCAGGAUUCUACAGCAUGAGCUCAAACCAAAUGGGAGAAAUGUUUCUGUCACAGAAGAGAACAAGAAAGAAUAUGUCAGGCUGUAUGUCAACUGGAGGUUCAUGAGAGGCAUUGAGGCCCAGUUCCUGGCUCUUCAAAAAGGUUUUAAUGAACUUAUUCCUCAACAUCUACUGAAGCCUUUUGACCAGAAGGAGCUUGAGCUCAUAAUAGGUGGCCUGGAUAAGAUUGACCUGACUGACUGGAAGUCCAACACGCGCCUCAAGCACUGCAUGGCUGACAGCAAUAUCGUCAAGUGGUUCUGGCAAGCGGUCGAGGCCUUCGAUGAGGAGAGAAGAGCGAGGCUGCUGCAGUUUGUGACCGGCUCCACUCGGGUGCCGCUCCAGGGCUUCAAGGCUCUGCAAGGUUCUACAGGCGCGGCAGGGCCCAGGCUCUUCACGAUCCAUUUGAUAGAUGCGAACACAGACAACCUUCCAAAAGCGCAUACCUGCUUUAACCGAAUUGACAUUCCGCCUUAUGAGUCCUACGAGAAACUUUACGAAAAGCUACUGACAGCUGUGGAAGAAACUUGUGGGUUUGCAGUGGAGUGAAUGGGCAACCAAAGGAAACAGUUACUAGCUCAUGGACCACCAAAUCAAAAGCUGUAAGAAGAAGCUUGCUGUGAACUUCUUUUGUCCGAAGCAUUGGGACAGUCAAGAACCAGGGGGAUCUGAGGCUGUUUCCCCUCUUGUGGUGGUGUUUGGGUGGGGGGGUGGCUUUUGUUGGUGGUUCCCCACUAUACUUUUCUCCCUUUUGUUACGAUAAUCCCCCCCUUUUUUUAAUUUCCAACGAAGCAAAAGCCAGCCAGGUUCAGCAUUUGGCUCUGGUGACCCGAGAUAUUCUGCUAGACGCGUAACACAUAUUGUGAUAAGGUCAAUGACCUGUGGUCUUUUUUUAUAGGAGUAUCAAACUGUAGUUGAGUACCUUGAGAUUGGUUUGCUGAGGACUUUCAACUGAUAGGUGUAUCUGGAUGUUUCGUCUUAAUGCAGUCCUGAGCCUUUGUAGAGUCCAGAAGCUAUGGAAAUUCAAAUUGCACAUUUCAGAAUCCCCAUUAAAGAACAGUUAGCAGAAAACAGCUGCACAGGGACACACAACUGAGGGCUGUUUCUUGACAGAAAGCUACUUAAGUGAGUGUGAUGGCUUGAUUUUUAGGCAAGGAAAGAGAGAGCAAGAGAGGACUCUAAGCCAUCUUGAACUGGGAGGUAAGUUUUCAUUUUGGAUGCUUUGUACAUGAGAAAGAUAUGUUUUCCCCUGUGGACUCGCUUCUCUGUGUGAUUAUUGGCAUAUGUGAGAGAAUGUGGCAAGGGGGCUCAGCCCAGUCUGAAUUUUUUUUCCUGAUACUGUUUUCUCAGAUGCUUUCAUUGACUUGAAGUUGCAGAAAUCCUUUUAAGAGGAAUCAGCUAAAAGCAAAGCUAAUGGAACCAAGUUCCAUCCUUGAGCCAUCCAAACUGGGGACCGUUGAGAAAGGAGUCUGUAGUGAAAAGGUCUAACACAAUGGUUUUAGCUCACAGAUUUGAGUAAUCCAGAGUACUGCUUUCAGGCCCUUUGCUCUCCUACCCCCCCUCCUCUUCCUCCACUGCAGCUAAUGUUCAAGUUUGGGAUUAAGUCAUUGGUUCAACGCGGCUUUCUUGAUGGAGGAGAACUGAUGCUGCAGGGUAACUGUCAUGCAAAUGCAGGCAACAAGACUGUACUUUUUAACAACCUAACACUUCUUGGCUGAAAGGCCCAAUAACUGUCAAAUGUAAUCUAGGUUGUAAGACUUCCCCCCUAAUUUCAAAACUGUUCAUUAACUGAUGAUGGGGGGUUUUUUUGGUGGGGGUGGGGUCAUAAUCAAUUGGGCUUAAACUGUGAGUCAAUGGUUCUUUGGUCCACGAGGAUAUUUCUGCUGUUAGAUUAGAGGAAUUGGCAUUGCUAAUAGCUUUCAACAGUGAUAGGACGAACUAAGGUUGGAUAGUUGUCAUCUUUCGAAUCUUUCUUUCCUAUCCGUUCAGUUGACAGUAACUUUGGUGCUUUGGUGAUGAAAUUGUGAAGAUUCCACCUGAGAGAGGAAAUAAGUAUUAUUUGCACCAUGAGGGCUAAAGAGCUGGAUUGCAUAGGUGAGCUAAGACCUAAUGUGGAAUGUCCUUGGGAAGCGAGUUGCACUUAAAAGACCCGUUAACUGCAGCAUGAGUUAUUUGGGUUUGUAGCAAGCAAGUUUGAGGAGUUUGGAAUUCAAAGCUUUAGUUAAGCAUCUUAAACCUUCUUGACCAUUAAACAUAUUAACGACCCUGGCUUUCCAAGUACCUUUGGAGAUCAACUGUUGUCCAUUGGAAUCCUGUCAGUGGAAUUUGUAUGCACAGGACGUCUGUAGCGGUACAAAUUCCACCCCUAAAACCAUGUCCCCCAACUCCUCAUGCAGAUCUGAGAUGCGGGAGGCAAGAUGUUGUACAGCACAGUGGCCAAACAAUCGGCCGCGUACGUUUUGCAAAAGUAACACUGAGCAAUUGUGUGCCUGGAAGCCACCGCUUGCAUUCCUCUUGCUAUGUGGUUGCAGCAUCCAAGUGGUUGGCGUCCCUCCUGCCCAGCAGUGUCCCUAGCAGAGGACAGGCGAGCGAGCAGGUGGCAUGCUUUAGACCAUGCAGACAGGGCAGCCACACACCAAAGACAGCAGGAGAACGGGCCUGGGUUGAUGUUCAGGCCGGAGAGUGUAGUUGGCUCCUCCAGGAGAGUAGUGUGCAAAAUUUUCUUUACAUUUCCUAUCGUCGUGUCCUAAAGGUUUUGUACCACUGUUCUAACAACCAAAUAUCUAAACAGAGUGUUUGCUGCAAGUCUGUGUGCUGACUUUGAGGCAGGAGCUGGAGGAAAGAGGCAAGCCCAGGAAAUGGCUGGCCGUUCCUUUUUCCAGGGUGUCGGCAAGAGCGACACUGGACACGUGCUUCUGCUCAAGCUUGAAAAUUCCACCUGUCCUUCUCCAACCAAAAAAACCCCGAACCUAUAAUAGAGGCAUGAGAAGGUAGAUUUGUUUUGUGGUUGCAGUCUGCGACGCUUGAGCACUGUCUUUGCUGUGAGCUUUUUGGCAGUUAACACCACCCAGCAACCGACGCAGGGCAAGCCCGAUGCUUGCGUGUUCUCUGCUGUAGCCUCUUGAUUAAUACUGGGUUACUGGUAGGCAAGAUUAAGUCUGCUCAAAGGCAGAAUGGUAUAGUGAAGUGAACAGGAAACAGCCUGCUCUUCUAGCCCAUAGAACAGUGUCUGGGUCUUCCCCAGCCCAGGAGAUGCAAAAUGUUUCUUUGAUCAAGAUGGCACUACAGAGGAACAGGAGGGGCGAGGCACCUGUGCCUCCCAUGCCCACAGUCAGGUUAUCCCAUCCAAAGUCUCCCCAAAUGGUCUUUGGUGCCCAGUCCAGUGCUACAGAUUUUUAUGUUCUUUGUUCUGAUUUUCUUUGUUUACUUGCCCUGAAAGGCAUCAUCCUGCAUUUAUGCACUCAGGGAUGUAGGAAACCACCACUCCUUGAGCACUUCUAAGUCAGAUCUGAAUAUAUUGGACCAACUUCUUGUUUUAAAAGAGCUGUCUUGCUCAGCAUUGGGUCUGGCUUAUAAAGCCUCAAUUGUCAUUCAAAGUUCCUUCUCGCACCCCAUGCUCCUUUAGCCAGGACCCAGCAUUCUACACCGUAGAGCACAGAAAGUUUUCCACAAAUGCAGUACGUGUUUGUUUUACUCUGUUAAUUUUUUUUGUUCCUCAACCACUUUAUAAUGUAUUUUUAACUUAUUAUUUUGUAAUGUCUUGUUUUUAAGUAUUGCUGCUACCCUUGUUAUUCUUCUCACCCUUUUUAUUGCGGAUUUUAUUUUGUGAAAAAGUUGUACACUAAUGUUUUUCAUUUUAUGUCUAAAUCAAAGUAUUUAAAGAAAUACUAGUUCUAUUUAACGUGGUUAUGGAGCCAGCUGGAAUAAACAGUGAUUGUAUAGUAGGCUGGGCCCAAGAGGUCAUGUUCAUUUUUGUUACAUAUGCAAUAAACUCUCACAACUUUAAA